GCGUGGAAGUCUUCGAGAAGCUGAACCGGCUGGGCGAGGGUAGCUAUGGUACAGUCUACCGCGCCAGGGAUACGGAAAACGGCGAGAUCGUUGCCUUAAAGAAGGUGCGCAUCCACGCUGAGAAGGAAGGCUUCCCCAAAAGCUCCUUGCGCGAAAUCCGGCUGCUGAAGCGGCUGCGGCACCCGAACAUCGUGGAGCUGCGCGAAGUUGCUUGUGGCAGGCAGCCGGGGAGCGUUUUUCUGGUCUUCGAGUACUGCGAGCAUGACGUGGGAGCGCUUCUCGAUCUCAUGGAGCGGCCUUUCAGCGAGGCCGAGGUGAAAUGCCUCACGCUCCAACUUCUGAAGGCGGUGGAAUGCUUACACGCAGCCUUCGUGAUCCACCGCGACAUCAAACUGUCCAACCUCCUCUUGAACAACAAGGGUGUCCUAAAGCUGGCAGAUUUCGGCCUUGCGAGGGAGUUCAUGGACUGGCAGAAGCCCGUCACCGUCAACGUGGUGACGCUUUGGUAUCGCGCUCCGGAGCUACUUUUCGGUGCGCAGAGCUAUACCAUGGCGGUGGACAUGUGGUCAGUGGGGUGCAACUUCGGAGAGCUCCUCUUGAAGCGUCCGCUGCUACCAGGCAAGUGCGAGGAGCAUCAGCUGCAGCUAACCUGCGCUUUGUUGGGAACUCCCUCGCCGCGGAUAUGGCCAGGGCUCGAGCGCCUGGCCCACUAUGGGAGCUUCAAGCUGCCGGAGAACACCUACAACAACCUUGGUGUGAAGUUUCCGGACAUGCCAGACAGCUGCCUUGACCUGCUGAACAGGGCGCUGACCUUCGACCCCGCGAAGCGAGCAACAGCCGGGCAGGCCCUGCAGCAUCGCUGGUUUGCAGAGGCUCCGGCUCCCCAGGAGCCGCACAACAUGCCGACCUGGCGGGAGCACCGAAAUGAAACGGCAAACCCUCGGGCCAACCCUGUGGUUGCGCUGGGGCCAGCAAAGCGUCCGGCCCCGCUCGUGGCACGCUCCGCCGUUUUCGCAGCGGCGAAGAAGAUGAAGUCGUGUGUCUUCUGA